AAAAAAAGAUCAGAUUGAUCAGAAUUCCUUUGACCGGCUCAUUUCUCUCUCUUGUUCUUCAACCACUAGGGUUUCAUUCUCGUUAAUUCCGCCAUAGCUCACAAUUGUUCCAAGUUAACAUGGUAUCAUAGCGGGAUUCUAGACUCUUCUCGUCGUGAGCUUUCUUCCAGUUGUACCCUUACUAGAGAUUUUUCGUUGUUUUGGUUUCGAUCGAUGACGGGAGUAGUCGAAAACAGUAUUCAUCCUUUUUUUUCACCGGAGAAAUUUUGGGCUCUUUCAAUGUCGAUCGUUGCUUGAGGUGUAUGUCUUCCGAAGUUUCGAUUUUCACGGAGGUAUCAUCAAAUUUUGUGAAGAACAACUUCUCUAGGGUUUGCAAUUAAGCGAGACCUUACUUCUUCGGAUUCUCAUAAGAAGGCUGGUAUACUCUUUCCUAUUGCAUAUGUUGCAUUUCUAUUUGCUUCUAUUAUUCUCAGCCCAGUCUCUCUUCUGUGUUACAUAUUUGUUUUGAUUUGAAAAUGGGUAGUAUUGUGGAUAAUAAUGAUGUGUCUUCGACUUCUGAUGGCUUCACUCCCUUCUCCUUGGAUCGUCUUACCCUUUCUAUAGUCAUCCGUCUGAUAACCCUGGUAGUCAAUUGGUGUCUGUAUCGUUCAACGGGUCUAGUUUUGUGUUUUGGAGAAGUAGUAUGAUUACAUCUCUCUUUGCAAAGAAUAAGUUAGGCCUUAUAGAUGGUAGAAUCUCUCAGUCUACAUCAUAUUCCCCUUAUUAUGCGUACUGGGAAAGAUGUAAUGACAUGGUCAAGACAUGGAUAAUAAAUUCAGUAUCUAGAGAGAUUGCUACUAGCGUGAUGUGCCUUAAGACUGCCAAGGAAGUCUGAAAGGACAUCAAUGAAAGUUUUGGACAGUCAAACGGGUCCAAAUAUAUUCAACUUCAAAGGAAAAUCCAUUCCACUACUCAGGGGUCCUCUGAUAUAGCUUCCUAUUUUACAAAAAUGAAAAGUCUUUGGGAUGAGCUACAUUCUUCCUAUGUAGGACCUGUAUGCUCUUGUGGAGCUUUGCUUGAGUUCAUAGAAGAUCAACAAUUGUUUCAAUUCCUAAAUGGCCUAAAUGACUCCCAUUUAACUGUGAAAAGUGCUAUUAUGAUGAAGAAUCCCUUUCCACCCAUAAGCAAAGCCUAUUCCCUUCUUCAACAAGAUGAAAGUCAAAAGGAAGCUCAUUCUUCUGCUCCAAGCUUUUAUAGUGAUACAUCUUCUUUCUUGGUUUCUCCUGGUUCAUCCAAUGGGAACAAGACUUUCAGUCAGAAGGUGAAUUUUGAAUCCAUGAGGAAUAACACAUAUGUUUUCUGCAAGUAUUGCAAGAAACCUGGACACACUAUGGAUAAAUGCUACAUGUUUCAUAAAUUUCUCCCAGACUUCAAGUUCACAAAGAGCAAGAAGUCUGCUUCAUGUGUCCAGACUAAAACCCCUUUUGCUUCUUCUACACCUGCAUGUGCAGCACCAGUUACACAAGAUUCUGAGCCAUCAACUCAUGCAUUCACUAAAGAACAGUACCAACACCUUCUGACCUUGUUUCAUCAAGCUCAUUUAUCCCAUGGAUCUGCUCAUGAAGGUUUCAAUGUAGCCAACUCUGCUUUUGCACAUUUUACAGGGUCCUUCUCUGAAGAGGCCCCUGGAAAUUGGUAAGACUGUAGGAAGGCUAUACUACCUCUAUCCAAAUGCUGACCUUUUCCUUACUACAUCCACUUCUAUGUCUGUCUCUACUUCAUGUUAUUCUUUACCUGUUUCUGUUUCUUCUAUUAAAGCUAGUCAUAUAACAGAUCUUGUUGUUGAUGUUGUUUCCUAUAAUCAGUCAUUUAUCUCUAAUAAAGUGAAUUUGUUUUGGCAUCAAAGAUUGGGGCAUAUGCCUUUUCACAAAAUAAAAUCUAUUAUGUACUUCUCUGAUAAUGUUUCAUCUAAACAAACCUUCUUCUGUCCCAUUUGUCCAAUGGCUAGACAACAAAUAUUACCUUUUUCUGAAAGUGUUAUGCAUUCCACUGCCCUAUUUCAAAUAGUUCACAUUGAUAUUUGGGGCCCAUAUAACACUAAAACUUACAAUGGGUUCAGAUAUUUCUCGACUCUAGUUGAUAAUUAUCAAGGGCCACUUGGAUCCAUCUCCUUUUUUGUAAAAGCAAUGCACUUUCCAUCAUUAAAGCUUUCACUGCUAUGGCCAAAGUUCAUUUUAAAUCUUCUAUCCAAACUUUUAGAUCAGACAAUGCUCUUGAACUUGGGAGUAACUCUAAGGGCAUCCUGUUUUUGAAUAGUGAAGGGAUCUUACACCAAACCACCAUUCCACAUACUCCCCAGCAGAAUAAAGUAGUGAAGAGGAAACACAAACAUCUUCUUGAGGUGUCCAAAGCUCUUUUAGUCUAAUCUUCCUCUCAAAUAUUGGGGUGAUUGUGUCCUCACUGCCACCUAUCUAAUCAAUCAAAUGCCUUCAGUUGUUAUUAAGAUUCUGUCACCCUAUGAAAAAUUACAUGAGAUUCCUCCAUCCUAUGAUCACCUCAAGUCCUUUGGGUGUUUGUGCUUUGCUGCCUCUCCCAAGGUAGGCAGAGAUAAAUUUCAGUCUAGGGCCAUACCUUCUAUUUUUUGGGGUAACCUUGUGGCAAAAAAAGGUGACAAACUUCUUAACAUUUUCAAUCAUUUCAUUUUCUUCUCUAUGGAUAUAGUUUUCCAUGAACAUGUGUUCCCUUAUAAGUCUGAUUCUUCUCCUGUUUUGUCCCUUUUUCCUCUGUCUGCUCUUAUGGAUUAUAUACCUCCUCCUGCCUCUUCUACUUCUGGCACUGAUCAUUCCUCUUCUUCCAUUCCUCCAUCCAAUCUAGUUUCUAGUCCUUCCACUUCUCAUUCCCCUUCUCCUCUUCAUUAUUCUCAUGUUUCUCCUUCUUCUUCCUCUUCUAAUUAUUCCUCGCCUCCUUCUGUCUUUCCUUUGAGAAGAUCUUCCAGACCAGUCUAACAGCCCAUUCACCUCAAGGAUUAUAUCUGCUCUUCUGUUAUAUCUUCUGGAUCACUUCCCUUAUCUUCCAAGGUAUCCUCUGUUGAUUUGCAAAUGUAUGAACCUUAGUUCUACCAACAGGUUGCUUCCAAUCCUGCUUGGCAAGAGGACAUUCUAAAGGAAUUUCAGACUCUUGAGGCCAAUCAGACAUGGGAUAUUGUGCCUCUCCCCCUCACAAGAAAGUUAUUCCUUAUAAGUGGGUUUAUAAAAUAAAGCAGAAGGCUGAUGGAUCCAUUGAAAGAUAUAAAUCAAGACUGAUUAUCAGAGGUGACUCUUAGUAGGAGGGAAUUGACUUCACAGAAACAUUCUCUUCUAUUGUUAAGAUCACUACUAUCAAAUAUUUAUUAACUCUGGCUGCCAAGAAAGGGCGGACUAUUUUCCAGCUUGAUGUUAAUAAUGACUUCCUCAAUAGUGAUCUCCAUGAGGAGGUCUACAUGAAGGUUCCACAUGGUCUUGACAUUUGUGGUUCCUCUUCUUCUUCUUCUCCUUUGGUUUGCAAACUCAAGAAAUCCCUUUAUUGCCUUAGGCAAGCUUCCAUGCAGUGGUUUUCAAAACUAUUUGAAGAGCUACUUUCUAAAGGCUACAUUUCAAGUCUCAAUGACUACUCUUUAUUCACAAA